AUGCAGAAAUUGGAAGAAGGUUGGGAGACGAUUCAUCAAAACAAUAUGAUUAACUAUAGAAAACAAAAAGCAGCCAAUGAAUUAUUGAAACGAUUGCAGCACACAGGUCAACUUCAUUAUACAGCUUGUCAACAGUUGGAACACUCUGAAGCCGACUUGCGUGAAAUACAGACAAGCAUUGGACAGAUACAAAACACUGCACCACUAGAACAGCAGAUAGAUCAAGCUAAUAGAGAGCAUCAAAUAAAAGAGUUUGAACAAUGGAAAGAAAAUGAAGAAAAGGAAUUGAUGAAUGAGAUAGCAGCAAGGCGGACUCUACUAGUAGAAAAAGAGAACAAAUUAAAAAAGGAGUAUGAAGAAUAUGAGAGCAUUCAAAAGAAGAAAAAACUCGAGUUAUAUGAAGCAACAUUUAACGCUGAACUAGAGGACUAUAAGCGUAGAAGGGAAACUGAAAUAUCUUCAUUAUACAAUCGUAGAAACAUGACGUCUGUUCAAACAUCGUUAGAGCAAUUGCAACUGGUAGAUGAAAAUAAAGAGGAUCUGGAUGACUUUCUAGGUACAAGCGAAGCGAACAAGACAACAACAACAAUAACAACAAGAAGCGACAUAAAGGAAUCAAAGGAUGAUUCAUCUUCAAGUGAAGACGAAAGAGCAGAUAUAUUAAGGGACGAAGACUAUGAUGAUGUGUGA